ACAGGACCCAGCCUGCUCUUCAUCACCUACGCCGAGGCCAUCGCCAACAUGCCGGCCUCAACUUUCUUUGCCAUCAUUUUCUUCCUGAUGUUGAUCACCCUCGGCCUGGACAGCACGUUUGCAGGCCUGGAGGGGGUCAUUACCGCCGUGCUGGAUGAAUUUCCCCACGUCUGGGGCAAACGACGGGAACUGUUCGUGUUGCUCUUCAUUGUGACCUGUUUCAUGGGCUCUUUGUCCACGUUGACUUUUGGAGGGGCCUACGUGGUGAAACUCUUUGAAGAAUACGCCACGGGGCCGGCUGUGAUAGCCGUGGUGUUUCUGGAAUCCAUCGCCGUGGCUUGGUUCUACGGGGUCACCCAAUUUUGCAGCGAUGUGAAGGAGAUGCUUGGCUUCUUCCCCGGCUGGUUCUGGAGGGUCUGCUGGGUGAUCAUCAGCCCUGCUUUCAUCCUGUUUAUCCUCUGCAGCUUCAUUGCCAGCCCUCCAGACCUCCGCCUCUUUGACUACAGCUACCCGUACUGGACCAUGGUGCUGGGCUAUUGCAUUGGGACUUCCUCCUUCAUCUGCAUCCCUGCCUACAUGGUUUAUCGCUUGGCGAGGACUCCAGGGACCCUUAAAGAGCGUCUCCUUAAGAGCAUCACGCCCGAAACAUCCACGGAGGUUCCCUUCGAUGGGAUCCACAUGAACACCGUGUAGGUCGCCCCAUUUUGGGGGGGGCUGGGCAGAAGGGAGAGGCAAGGAAAAGGGCCCCAUCUUGCCUCCCAUCUGCCUUCAGCUCUGUGCCAAAGACCUGAAUGUCCGCCGGGGAAUGUUCUCGGCACGGAAGGAAGAUCUCGGACGCGAGUCCGUACAACCACCCGGCCAGGGACCCCGGGAUCUUCUGAACGCCCGUGACUUUCUUUGGAACACUUGAGGGCAAGUGAAUACUCCCUCCCACCCACCCCCAGUUCCCUGGACCCGGAGUCGUCUGAAUGCCUACGCAUGGUUUCCCUCAGCUUUCGUCGGGCCUCUGUGCAAGUGAAGAUUGUCUUAGAGGCACCUCUGUGUGCAAACGCCGUCCGUUGUGACCCCCCCACCUCCCGUACUAGACCUCUGUUGUGUCGUUGCAAAGAAUCUCAGUUAUUUUUUUCACCAAGGUGGGAGGAAAAAAACCCCGAAAACAAAAGCAGGGACGGUUCGCCCAGGUUUGCUAAUCGUGAUCGUAGCUUAAUCCAGCGCAAACCCUACGGGAGAGAGGUUAGGGCAGGUUGGGUUUAAAAGUGGCACCUGCCACAAACUGCUGGAAGAUAAGAAGGAGAAAAAGAGGGGGGAGUUUAAAAAAAACACCCCUUCCCCACAGCUGGAGAACUAGCAAUGCAAGGAGUUCGAAAGAGACUAGUCCUCCUUGACAAAAACACAUCUGGGUGCAUGCAUGCUUUGGUGCGGUUUUGCAAAUCGGAAACCGGCACAGUUCUUGCAGUGCUGGUUUAGGGGAUCCUCCUUAACCUGGAUUUUAGGCUGAAGAGUUGGCUCCGAUUGGGUUGCCCGUUCACGCACCUCCCACUCCACCCCCAUCUGAGGAGGAGGUCAGGAGCUAGGAAGUGGUGAAUGGAUGUAGCCAGAUGUUCUUUGCCCACCCGGAUAGAAUUCCCUCUUGUCCACAAAAUGCAGACUCCAGGUGGAGCCACGAAAUGACAUAAGGCUGUGUUGGGGUCCUUGGUGCUCUCUGAGCUUGGUGGUUUUUCUUGCAGACGUUUCGUUACCAUGCUAGGUAAUAUAAUCAGGGCUAGAAGGAUGUGGGGGUCGGCUCUCUGUAAGCACUGUAAAGUGAACACUGAUGAUGUCACCUAGUUGGGUCAUGAAAUGCCUGCAAGAAAACACGCGCCGAGAGCACCAAGGAACCCACAGGUCGUCUCCUCCUCCUCCUCCUCCCUUCUAACACUGAUGAUGUUCCCUACUUGGGUCAUGAAAUGUCUGCAAGAAAACCAUCCAGCUCAGAGAGCAUCCAGGACCCCACAGUAGUCUUCCUCGUCCUCCUCUUUACAAAUCCACUCCCUUGUAGCACUGACAAUGUCACCCAGUUGGGUCGUGAAACAUUUACAAGAAAACCACCAGGCUCAGAGAACACCAAGGACUCCUCCUCCUCCUCCUCUUCUUCUCCUCCUCCUUCUCCUCUU